AUGGAGGCAAAAGCUCUUCGCCUGUUUCUUGAGGCGCCAUCUAUCUGCCCAUUGCGCCGUUUUCACAUUACAGUCCCUCGCACUCGUCUGGCCGAUCCAGUGAAGAAGUACUCACCUGGGGGAGACGGCAGACGCUUCUCUUACGCACCUUCGCCAGAAACUCUGGACUCUUGGCUUUCCAAUGGGUCGCUACGAAUCUACUGUCAGGCAUUUAUUGCCCUAGACUGCAAGUCUGAGAGCAUUUCUCAACUGCGCGCAACACCCGAAACACCGCCUGAGCGGCUUAAAGCUGACGUGGUCCAGUACGCUCUUCAACCCGAGUCACACGACGUUCGGGUUUGGUGCUGCAGUUCAGUGACAAGCUGUUGCCGCUUCCUUCUUGCGGCUCGAUCCGCUGUGCUACGCAAGAUGCUCAACGGGCCCUUCCGAGAAGCAGAAGCAGCAGAUGUUCACUUGACGGACAUUUGUCCUCAAGCUGCUCACCAAAUGCUUCUUUUUAUUCACACAGACACGUGCGACCUUUUCAAGGAACUGAGACGCAGUGCCUCUCUCGCAGAGAAGCAGCAACGUAGGGAAGCCCUCAUGGGUCUCAUCACGGCCGCAGACAAGUAUGAUGUGCAGGGACUGAAAGAAGAGUGUGAACAACAACUGGCCUCGCUUGUGGACGAAGACUCUGUCUUUGAUGUACUGCUGUUUGCGGAGUCAAGAAACUUUACUCGCCUUCUAGACGCAGAAGCUAUUGCAAGGAAUGCCAGCUCUUCAGCUGUGGACAACCUGGCGAAGUAG